GCGACCGUGUGUGGUCAAAAGGAAGAGCGGUACACAAAACACACAAAUAUUUGACACUGAUGGAGGUUUGGUGAAAAGGGUCAGACCACAGAAGAAGCUGCGUAAAUACAUUUAAACGGUUUAGAGUAACAAAAAAAAUCCAGAAAACAGAAAGGAGUAAGUACAUGAACCUCCAGUCAAUAUUUGUCUCUUUUGACUGUUGUAACCAAAAACCCAGAACUACAAAUAAGUACUGUUUAAAGUCCCCCUCUCUUAAAAUCUUUGCGUUCCCAGUGUUUUUUUAUUUACUCUUAUGCCAUUUCUAGCCAAAGUCCAAACAUCUGUGUGUCCGAGUUCCCUCCCUCUGCAGUUCCCUUCAGGCACCAACCUCACUAGGUUUGUUUUAUGGGCAAACAUGACGAUCACGGCGUAAAAAACCUAAUAAUUCUGAAUAUUCUACUGUGAAUCCAGGCGGUUCUGAUGUGGAUGGUUUAUAAAAGAAUACAUUUAAAUACAUUUCUUUCAUGAAAAUUGUUAAAUUGCAAUGCAUUGUGGUCUAUAUUUGCCAGCCUAGUGAACAUUGAUGCUUUUCGCUGAGACUUCUGGGUAAUUUCUAGGACACUGGACUUUGGAAUUAUGGAUUCAGACAGAACUACGAAAUGGUAAACGAGUAGUGAAGGGUGUUCGGACAGAACCAUAGUUUUGCAGAGCGGCAGUGGUUCAUCGCCUCUGAGUUGUGGGCGGGACUGCUGGCAUGGAGCAACCCCGCCCCCACUUCCCGUCACCUAUAACUGAGUUUUCCAGCUGUACGGUUCUGAUCCAGGUUCCAGUUUAGACGAGGAAACCAAAGACGUUCAUGGACCUGUGUGUCUGCAGGUGGAUGAUCAGAAAGGGGCGGAGCAUCAUCAUCAUCAUUUUAUUUAUAAAGCGCUUGAACACAAUUAAAAAUGUUAAAAAACAGCCCUGUACUGUAAUGCUAAACAUAAUAAAACCUGUAACUAACAAACAAAUGUUAUUAAUAAGUGAAGAUUUCCUUCACAGCUGAACUUUUGUGACGUCAUGAAUCCAGAAGCACAACAUGGAAAACCGGUGGUCUGAGGCGGGAACGCAGUUGGAUCAGCUGCUGGUUGCCCUGGCAGCAGGUGGAUUCUGGCCCCUCCCUCUUAGCCCGCAGGCCCCGCCCUCCGAUGUCCUGGCAGCUCGCGGAGCUUCAUUCCGCGGAGGACGGAGCUGCGCAGCGGGUUGACGUCCGCGCUUCUCCCGGCCAGCCGCCCCUCGCUCCCCGCCAGGAUGAACGCGGCCGCGGCGGACAGCUGCUUCCGGUCCGCCCUGCAGCCCAGCUCGUCCCGGACCGCCUACGCGCUGCCGUCCGACGGCCCGUCCGCGGACCCCAUGGCGAAGGUCCGCAGGGUCCAGGAGCAGGUCCGGAUGCGCCUGGCGGAGAGGAAGUCCCCCUCCCUGCCCAGGCUGGACGGCUCUCAGGCCGGAGCGGGAGAUUACGGUCCUCCAGACCUGAAGACCUUCAGCCACGCCCAUGGCUUCAGCUCCAGGUCCAUGAUCAGCACACCGACACGAGUCAUGGCUGUGGCCACGGCGCCCCUUCGCUCGUCCGGCUUGUCUUCUCGCUCUACUGUGGAGAGCAGCUCCAAGCUGAGCCACAGAGGAACCAUGGUCCAGGGCAGCUUUCACGCCUCAGAGAUGCACAGCAGGAGCCGGCGCUCCAAGUCUCUGUGCCAGGAGAACCAGGGGAUGGCGGCUCGACCGGAGAACGCCUCAGUCCACGUCACAGUGCCCCCUUUCGGAAGCAUGAGGCGCAGCCUCAGCGGAACGCUGGCACAAGAUGGGAGGUGCUGGCAGGAGGAGGAGCUGCCGUACCAGUACGCCUACAAGGGUCCGUCCCACCGCACCAUCAGCCGGAUCGCCAACAGACAGCAGCUCUACCAGCAGCAGCAGAACUCCACCUUGGGCCAUGAGGGCUGGCUGGGGAACGGCAGGGGCCUUCACGGUGUGGGCGACGCCUGGGGGGGGCAGUGGCAGCAACAGAGCAGCAGGGCGAGUCAGAUGACAGCCAGCCGGCAGUAUGGACCGCUGCACCGGGCCCCCUCUCUGCGCUCCCUGAGGAGCGUGGGUAAAGGCGUGGACGUGAUGGAUGCGGCGUCGAUCCACAGCAACGACCCGCUGGCAGAAAUGCACGGCCUGGACAUGCCCACGGCUGUCAGGUAUCUGUCUGAAUCGGACUCCGCCCUCCACGUCCUGGGAGCUGCGUACAUCCAACACCAGUGUUACCAUAGCAACGAGGCUAAAAACCAGGUCAGAGCUCUGCAGGGCGUCCCCGCUCUGGUGCGCCUUUUCACCAGCGACAAUCUGGAGGUUCAGCGCUACGCAACAGCCGCCACGAGGAACCUGAUCUACGAGAACGUGGAGAACAAAUCUGCUCUGAUAGACGCCGGGGGGCUGAACCCUCUCGUAAGCGUCCUGAGUGAACCGGAUGAGGAGCUUCGAAAAACCAUCACAGGUGUCCUGUGGAACCUGUCCUCCAGAGACAGCCUGAAGGAGAAGCUGGCGGUGGAAGCUCUUCAGAUGCUGACAGAGAAAGUCCUGGUUCCUCUGUGCAAGAGUCUUCCUCUGACUCCGUCUGAGAAAGACAUCUUCAACAACACCACCGGCUGCCUCAGGAACUUGAGCUCAGUGAACGAGAGAACGCGGCGGAAGAUGAGAUCCAUGCAGGGCCUGGUGGACUCUCUGGUCUGCUACAUCCAGCAUGAAGAAAGAGGAGACGACAAGGGUUUGGAGAAUUCCUUGUGCGUGAUGAGAAACCUGUCCUAUCAGCUGUACGCGGAGCUGCCCCCCUCCGUGCAGCUCCACCUGGAGGGGCCGUCCAGAGCGUCGUCUUCCAGGGAGGCGGACGCCAUCGGCUGCUUCCCUCUUUACAGCAAAAAGUCCCAUCAGCAGCGACAUCCGAUCAUCCCCACGCUGCCCCACCCCAAAGGGACUGAGUGGCUCUGGCACCCCAGGGUGGUGGGGCUGUACGGGCGGGUUCUGCAGAACAGCGACAGCAGCUCCACGAGUCUCGAAGCCGCCGUGGGAUCCCUGCAGAACAUCACGACAGGGGAGGGCCGGUGGCCCGCAGUCCUGAGUGCAGUGGUUCUGGAGCAGGAGCGCAUGCUGCCCACCCUCCUGGACCUGCUGGACAGCAGCAGUGAUCCGCUGAUCCGGGUUCUGACCGGACUGCUGAGGAACCUGAGCAGACACUGCAGAGACAAAGAGGCCAUGGCUAAAACGGUGGUGAGCGUCUUGGUGUCCAAGUUGCCCAGCGACAGUCUCCAGAAGACGCCCUCCAGUGAGGUGGUGGUCAACCUCUGCGGGGCGCUCAAUCAUCUGGUCACGUGCAGCUCCGCUGCAGCUCGAGACGUCGCCCUCAGCAACGGCCUCCCCAAGCUGGUGGGGAUCAAGACCUCCCACGAUAACAGCGCCGGGAGCCUGAAAGCUGCCAGAGCAGCCUCCACUGUUCUCUGCAACAUGUUCCAGUACAACAAGCUGCACCGCGACUACAAACUGAGAGGAUUCACCAGACGAGACUUCACCGACGGGGCCUUCUAGAUGUCUGUUUGCUCUCAGUGCAAUUCCAGCAACAACCCCCCCCCCCCCCAUGCUGUUUUCAUGAUAGUAUUGAACAGACUUUCAGACUGAUCCACUCAAGAGCCUUCUAACAAACUGAAAGGGUCAUUCUGCACCUCCCAUCUUCCAGCUGUGAUGAGGAGGUGUCCUGCAAAGAGCUGACGAGGAGUUCUGGAAGUCGCUGAGGCUUCUUCUGGUCUUGGAUUCACAGAUUUCCUCACAGAAGAAGGAGCAACGCAGAAGCAGAACAAGAAGUGUCUUCAAAAAGUCCUGAGUGGGAUUGUUGGGAUUGAAUGCAGCUCUUUUUGUAGUCAAAGCAGCAGUUUCUAGAGUAGAUGUUGAAAGUCUUUCUGAGAAGUUGUGAAGUUUGUUCAGCUGUUUAACCUCUUCUGUAGUAAAGUCAGAGCUGUGGCUUUUGUAUCCUUCCUGGAAAGCUGCAUCUCCUCUUCAUCCUGAUAAAAGUCUAACAAAAACUA